AUGGACCAAGAAACUGCGCAUAUAUUAUUUAAUCAAGGUGCAUUUCUACUUUUUUUAAAUGCGCCUCGAGGAUUAGAGUUUGGUAUAGACUAUAAUACCUGGGAAAUCGGACCAAAAUUUAAAGGAAUCAAAUUUAUUCCUCCAGGUUUACAUUUUGUAUAUUAUAGUACAAAGGAUAAAUUUGGAGGGAUUUCUGGAUUAAGGAAUGGUUUUUUCAAAUUUUAUGAAUCUAAAGAGGUGUUAAUCAAAGAAUGGGAUACAUCUAAAGAAAAUCUAAAAGAAGAAGAUCCUGAACAAUAUGAAGUAAUAAAGUCUGAUAUGAGAGAGUGGGAUCAAUAUUUAGGUCCUUAUCCAUUAACUCCACCAAAAAAUUGGAAGAAAUGGGUUCAAUUAACAAAUUUAAUAACACCAUGGUUAAUAAAUAAGGUGUUUCCACAUAAAGGAAAAGUGAGUAAUGCAUCUUCUUCAACAGUUGAUGAAGAAGAAUUACAAAAUAUUGGAACGAAUUUUGAAGAGGAAAAUACUAUAAUGUUUACAAAAUUUGAUAUAAAGAAAAGUUGGAGACCUGGAGCAGUUGGGCAAGAAGUAACAAAAUAUAGUCAGGAUAAAAGUUGGUUACUAGAAGAUCUUCUUAAAAGAAUUUAUAAAAAUGAUUACAAAGAACUUUUAGGGGAACUGCAACUCUCUUUCGUUUGUUUAUUAAUGGCACAAAAUUUUGCCGGAUUCUAUCAAUGGAAGAAUAUAGUGCAACUUAUUUGUUCAAGCAAGGAAUCAAUUUAUAUUUACUCUGACACAUUAUUUAUGGCUUUUCUUGAUGUCCUAAUGUUUCAAUUAGAAGAAUGUCCACAGGAUUUCUUUCACGAUGUUAUAUCAGAAAAUAACUUUCUUUCCGUCAUGUUAAAGAUAUUUCAUAAGAAUGUCAAGGAGAGAUUUUCUUGGGAAGUUGGUGAUAGAAAUUUUGAAGACGAAAAAGAAGAAGGAGAGUUUGCACCCGUUGUUGUUGAAUUUCCUCAAGAACAAGAAAACGAAAUUGAAUAUAUAACAGAAUUUGGGUCUGACGAUACUUCUUAA